AUGUCCACCACCGACAAGACCAACGGCGCCGACCAGGUGUCCGCCGAGCAGAUGACCUCGCGCGACUACUACGCGGACAGCUAUGCGCACUUUGGCAUUCACGAGGAGAUGCUCAAGGACCAGGUCCGCACCAUGUCGUACCGCGACAGUAUCAUCCAGAACAAGCACCUGUUCAAGGACAAGGUUGUUCUGGACGUUGGGUGCGGAACUGGUAUCCUGUCCAUGUUUGCGGCUAGCGCUGGCGCCAAGCUCGUCAUUGGAGUGGACAUGAGCAACAUUCUCGACCAGGCACAGAAGAUUAUCGACGCAAACGGCUUCCAUGACAAGAUCGUGCUCCUCAAGGGCAAGCUUGAGGACAUUGAGCUUCCCGUCAAGGAGGUCGACAUUAUCAUCUCAGAGUGGAUGGGUUACUUCCUCCUUUACGAGUCGAUGCUCGACACCGUCCUCCUUGCGCGCGACAAGUACCUUGCUCCCAACGGUCUCCUCUUCCCCGACGUGGCCACUAUCUACAUCGCGGCGAUCGAGGACCAGGAGUAUAAGGAGGAGAAGAUCAACUUCUGGGAUGACGUGUACGGCUUCGACUACAGCUGUAUCAAGGACAUUGCGCUGCGCGAGCCCCUUGUCGACUGCGUCGAGCUUAAGAGCGUCGUCUCGCAGCCUUGUGCCAUCAAGCACAUUGACAUCCGGACCGUCACCAAGGAGGACCUUGCUUUCAAGGUCCCCUUCCAGCUCAAGGCGACGCGCAACGACUACGUACACGCCUUCCUCGGUUGGUUCGACAUUCAGUUCUCUGCAUGCCACAAGCCCAUCAGGUUCUCCACAGGACCCCAGGCAAAGUACACGCACUGGAAGCAGACCGUGUUCUACACCCCUGAGACCAUGACCGUGUCGGAGGGUGACGUUAUCAAGGGCGAGCUCACCUGCGCGCCCAACGCACGCAACAACCGCGACCUGGACAUUGUGAUCGACUACGAGGUGGAGGGUGCCGAGGCCGUCAAGGGUUCGAUGACUUACAAGAUGUCUUAA